CUUCAAAUCAACAUUGAGUAACCACAAAGAGAAGGCAAUUGUCAGCCAUUGGUUCGUGUCUAAAGAUCAAUAGAUGAUUCUCGCUACACAAUCUCUUCCAACUUCAAUGGCUCGUUCAAAGGUGCACUUUCGGAAGACAUUCGGUCUGUGUUUCUCGCAACUUUCAUACUUCUUGUUUAUCUGGAGUCUACAUUUUUCAUGUAACAAUUAACUAAAUUUCAUACUUCACAUUUGACUCGAAUCUCUCUAUUAUUGAACCACACUUUAGAUAUCGUUUGGAAUUUAACUUGAUUAAUUUUCGUUUUAACCUUGACGUUUACUUUAUAUUCAUAUUCUGUGUAUAUGCAAGAAGAUGUAGUAAUUGUAUGAUUAUUGAAGACAACAAACAGCAACGAAAAAAAAAACGGAAGAAAUACUACUUAGUAUCAAUUGCCUCAAAUUUAGAUGAAAAGAAGUGAGGUUGAAAAUCGUCGUGUAACGUCUCGCACCGAAAAAUGCAGAGUCGCCGUAGUUACAUACAAUCUUAGCUUUCGCCUGCUAAUGAUUCAUUUAGUUAAACGCAUUAAGAAUUAUGAAAGAGAGCCGUAUCCUGUAGAAGACUUGAGACAACAUGACAAUCUUUUCAAAGUUAAGCUCUUAAAGAGAUCUUUGACCUUAAUUAUUACUGCUUGCCUUUGCCUUUUAGAACAUGUACGUCUUACUUACCUGUGUACCUGCUUCACCUCUUCUCACCUUCUAUCUCUAAGCAAGCAUGGUUAUUUUCUCACAAGCUUGUACGAGGUAGUCGAGUUAUUGUGGGUCUACGGACUGUCGAAUGCUUGGAGAAGGUGUUUUCAACAAACGCCUUCCCAGGAGCUAGGCGCAACGGAGUUGACAUGGCUCGUGGGAGAUCGAAAGGACACCGUGAAACCGCUCGUACGGACCUUCUUGUGAAUCCUAGUUUAUCCUUCCUAGUUGGGCGGCCUUAAUUCUAUGAAAGGUGGGGCAUGCUUUUUUGACCACUUUCCAACGAUUGUGUCCCUUUUUAGAUUGUCUUGUAAAGCAUAAAAAACGGG